CUGCUUACAGCAGCAGUACUUCCAUUGAGACUUCCUGUUUCUGAAGCUCGCCUUGUUUUCAGCAGUGUUUAUACUUCCCCCUGUCUGUGGUUAACUAAGCAGAGAGCUGUAGAGCUAAGCCUCCUCUUCCCCCAGGCUCAUUCAUUUGUGCACCCAGGGCCACAAGUCAGCUCUCUCUGUGUCUCUCUCUCAGAAUGACAAUUCUAGGUACAGCACUUGGUCUGGUUUUCUACUUAAUUCAAGCUGUUUCUGGAGAGAGUGGAUAUGCUCAGAAUGGAGACUUGGAAGAUGCUGAAGCAGAUGAGUACGCGUUCUCCUGCUACAGCCAGCUGGAGGUGGACGGAUUUCAGCACUCGCUGAUUUGUGCCUUUGAUGACCCAGACAUCAACAGCACCGACCUGGAAUUUGAAAUAUGUGGUGUCUUUUUGAAGGAAGGAUGCCAGAAUUUGAAUAAACAAAAAGAGUUGUAUUUCAUCAAGACAAAGGAAUUCUUGCUGGUUGUCAGUGGCAAAAUAUGUGUAAAGCUUGAGAGAAAGAACAUAGUGUGCAAAGAAAUCGAAAUUGUCAAGAUAGUUAAACCUGAGCCUCCUUUUGACAUAAAAGUUGUCUAUCGUGAAGGAGCAAAUGACUUUGUAGUAACAUUUAAUACAUCACACUUGCAAAAAAACUAUGUAAAAAAUUUAAUACACGAUGUAGCCUACCGUCAGGAAAAAGAUGAAGACAACUGGAUGCACGUGAAUUUAUCCAGCACAAGAUUGACACUCCUGCAAAGAAAGCUGAAGCCCAAUGCCAUGUAUGAGCUUAAGGUUCGAUCCAUCCCUAAUUACAGCUAUUUUGGAGGCUUCUGGAGUGAAUGGAGCCCAAGUACCCAUUUCAGGACAGCAGAGACUCGGAGUCCAGGGGAGAUAGAUCCUGUUGUACUAACUGUCAGCAUUCUGGGUUUCUGCUUUGUCGCUCUGUUGGCUGUCUUGGCAUGUCUGUUGUGGAAAAAAAGGAUUAAGCCUAUGAUAUGGCCUAGUCUCCCUGAUCAUAAGAAAACUCUGGAACAACUCUGUAAAAAACCAAAGAAGAAUUUAAAUGUGAGUUUCAAUCCUGAAAGUUUCCUGGACUGCCAGAUUCAUCAGGUGGAUGGCAUUCAAGAUAGAGAUGAAGUGGAAGGUUUUUUGCAAGACAUUUUCCCACCACAGCCAGAGGAGACCGAGAAACAGAAAUGUGGAACAGAAGCUCAGAACCACAGCUGGUCAUUUAAUGUUACAGUUGUCACCCCAGAAACUUUCAGAGAAUUGCCUUCCAAAUCCCUAACAGAGAACUUCCGUGCAUGUGAUUCCCCUACUUGCCUCUCCUCCAGGUCCCAGGAUGUCAGAGAGAAUGUUCUAGGUGGACCUCAUGUGGUCCAUGACCUCCUGCUUGGUCCUGGUACCCCCCACAGCCCACAGAUCCCUCCAUUGCCUUCCCAAUCAGAAGCCCUGACAUUGAACCCAGUCCCCCAAGAACAUUCAAUCUUCACUUCACUGGGAGCAGGUCAAGAAGAAGCAUACAUCACCAUGUCUAGCUUCUACCAAAACCAGUCCAUUUUAAGAAACCCUGGGACUGAAUCCAUUAUGAUCAACAAAGAUGAUAAAGGAAAAAUCUAGAGUGCUUUCUUUCCAUUGUAAAGGAGAACAAAAGCAUGCAACCACAUUACUUUGUCUACAAGAUGCUAAAACACCACUUUAACCACUCCACCAGGGUUCAGGGUUAUUUAGCUUUAGACAGGAGCCUUCUGCUUCUACAAGGUUGAUUGGGUCAUGAGGUUACAGGUGACUCAAUGAUUCAAUGAUUUAAGAACACAAAGCAGGAAAGAAUGAAAUAAAGAGUGAAGGGACGAUGGAGUGAUGAGGAAGGCAGGAUGUUAGCAAGGGAAAAAAAAUCAAGAAUUAGAAUUUACUAUAGAUCCAAUGCUGUGCUCAGUGUUCUGUAUGUCUUGUUGCACUGGAUUCUCACAAUAAUCCUCGAAGAUGGGAGCAGUUAUCAUUUUGCUUUAUAUAGAUGAUAAAACAGAAUUAAGGAGUUAAAUAUCUUGAACAAGUUGCCCCAUUCAGUGAGAGGUGGAGCCAAAAUUUGAAGGCCAAAAGCUGACCCUAAUCUCCCACAAUCAGAUGGUUUUCUCUUAAAUAUGCGUCCUUCCAUUUUGGGGUACCAAAUGACAUUAAUAAUAGUGACAAGCGGAAUGACAAAAUGAUGUAUUAUCCAUCCUGAGUCACUUGGAAAAAUGAAAUAGAAUGUUCUAAAAAUUACCCCAGGAUGAUAAGCAAAAACUAGAACUGACUCAGACAAAUGUAGACAUAUGUUCACCUGAUUCAAGUAGCCAUAGGAAGAAAGUAGGGAACAAACAGUUUCUUCUGGGUGAAGUUCUGUGAUCAGCCAGAUCUAAAGAAAGCCAACAAGGUAAGAAACAUACAGACACACACACCCACACACACGCACAAAUGUCCUAUUUGAUUUUUUUGUCCUGCAAAUAUACUCAAUAGGGGAUAAAUCUGAAAUUCAGAAUUGCUAUAGAUAUGAAUGGCACCAAGACCAAAGCCAUCUUGCUGCCACCAUCCAAAUAUGUCCAUCCAUGAUCUCACAACAACCUGUCAUUGUCCCUAGACGGUAACCCAGUUGACUGAGAAGCAGUGGAAAUAGCCCUAUCUGUGAGUACUGACACU